AUGAAGUUAAAGGGGAAGAUGGAUGAAACCGAGCCGAUAACAGAGAUCAAUGGAACAGUAACUGACCGGAGCAAGUACAAAAAAUUGGAGAUGCCGAUGUUCCUUGAAGAAAACCCUGAGUCAUGGGUGUACAGGGCUGAACAUUUUUUUGAGAUAAACAACCUGCCUGAGAGUGAAAAAGUCAAGGUAGCUGUGGUAAUUUUUGGCCAGGACGAAGUGGAUUGGUACCGUUGGAGUCACAACAAGAAGAAGGUGGAGUCAUGGGAAGAUCUGAAGAGUAGGAUGUUUGAGUUUUUUCGAGACUCGGGACAAAAGAGUUUAGGGGCAAGAUUGAUUAGGAUUCAACAGGACGGAUCCUAUAAUGAGUAUGUCAAAAAAUUCGUGAUCUAUUCAGCCCCACUACCCUACAUGGCAGGAAGUGUGUUGGUUGAUGCGUUUGUCACUGGUUUGGAACCUUCCCUACAAGCCGAGGUCAUCAGUAGACAUCCCCAAACACUGGAGGAUUGUAUGAGGGAAGCACAACUAGUAAAUGAUCGAAAUUUAGCUUUAAAAUUGUCCAAGAUGGAGUUAGGAAUGACAGAGUGGGAGGAAGGAGGAUCAUCUAAAGUCAAGAAGCUGGGAGAUGUGGACAAGCCACCACCAAGGAAGACCGAUUUCCAAAUGAAACAGAUCACCAUACCUAUUAAAGGUAACUUCAAGAAAGGGGAACCACCGGUGAAGAGGCUGUCGGAUGCAGAAUUUAGAGCAAGACUAGACCGUGGAUUGUGCUUCAGAUGCAAUGACAAGUAUUCUCCUGGACACCGAUGCAAAACCAAGGAGAAAAGAGAACUGAUGUUCUUCAUCAUGAAUGAAGAAGAAGAGGAUGAAGAAGGAGAAAGCCACGAGGAAGUAACCGAGGGAACCGUAGAGCUAAAGACUUUGGAACUUACCGAAGAUGUUGCAAUUGAAAUGAAGACCAUGACUCGUUUAUCCUCAAAGGGAACGAUGAAAAUUAAGGGAUGGAUAAGGCAGAAGGAGAUAGUGAUACUAAUUGAUAGCGGGGCAACCCAUAAUUUCAUCCAUCAAUCCUUGGUAGUAGAUUUAAAGCUGGGAAUGGAACAACACACUCAGUUCGGUUACACCAUAGGAAAUGGAACACGCUGUAAGGGAAAGGGGAUAUGUCGAAGAGUGGAAGUGAAACUUGAAGAAAUUACCAUCAUAGCAGAUUUCCUAGCGGUAGAACUGGGCUCGGUCGAUGCUGUCUUAGAGAUGCAGUGGCUGGACACCACAGGUACUAUGAAGAUCCACUGGCCUUCCUUGACGAUGAGCUUUUGGAACGGAGGUAGACAGAUCAUAUUGAAAGGAGAUCCUUCCCUCAUCAGGGCCGAAUGUUCACUAAGGACAUUGGAAAAGACAUGGCAAGAGGAUGAUCAAGGAUUUCUAUUGGAAUGGGCAAACAUGGAAGUAGAAACUGAGGAUACCUACAAGACUGAUAAGAAAGAGAAAGGAGAUGAAGCUGAUAUCCCUAUGAUUCGGUUCUUACUACAACAGUACACCGAUAUCUUUACCACACCAAAGGGUCUCCCUCCAAAGAGAGAUAUCGACCACAGGAUCUUGACACUGCCCAACCAAAAUCUGAUCAAUGUAAGACCGUAUAAAUAUGGACAUAUCCAAAAAGGGGAGAUAGAGAAGUUAGUGGCUGAAAUGCUGCAAGAUGUCUCAGAUAAGUUUCCUAUCCCGGUGAUUGAAGAACUAUUGGAUGAGCUAUAUGGAGCUGCGAUUUUCUCUAAACUGGACCUCAAAUCGGGUUACCACCAAAUUAGAAUGAAGGAAGAAGAUAUAGAGAAGACAACGUUUCGCACCCAUGAAGGCCAUUAUGAAUUCCUAGUGAUGCCUUUCGGUCUCACAAAUGCACCAGCAACGUUUCAAUCACUGAUGAAUCAGGUUUUCAAGCCCUUCCUUAGACGUUGUGUUUUGGUAUUUUUUGACGAUAUCUUAGUAUAUAGCAGUGACAUAUCUGAACAUGAGAAACACCUAGGAAUGGUUUUUGCUGUGUUAAGGGAUAAUCAACUUUAUGCCAAUCACAAGAAAUGUGUAUUUGCUCAUUCUAGAAUCCAAUAUUUGGGACACCAAAUAUCCAAGGCAGGGGUAGAGGCAGAUGAAUAUAAAAUUAGAAGUAUGGGUUACAGCAACAUUGCGACCCCCCUCACUAAGCUACUCCAGAAAAAUGCCUUUAAAUGGAAUGAAGAAGCUGAAACAGCAUUCGUCAGGCUAAAGGUGGCGAUGACAACUAUACCAGUCUUGGCACUACCAGAUUGGAGUCUGCCCUUUACCAUAGAAACUGACGCUUCAGGCAGCGGCUUGGGAGCAGUUUUAUCACAAAGAGGGCAUCCCAUAGCCUUUUAUAGUCAGAAGCUCUCGCAAAGAGCCCAGGCAAAGUCGAUAUAUGAAAGAGAAUUGAUGGUUGUGGUAUUAUCUGUACAAAGGUGGAGGCAUUACCUAUUGGGAAGGAAGUUUUCUAUCCUUUUAGACCAGAAGGCUUUGAAGUUUCUGUUAGAACAGAGGGAAGUGCAGCCCCAAUUCCAGAAAUGGCUAACCAAACUCCUAGGGUAUGAUUUUGAAAUACUCUACCAACCGGGCCUACUCAACAAAGCAGCAGAUGCUCUCUCAAGAGUGGAACCAAGGAUAGAGCUUCAUGAGAUGACAACUUCGGGUAUUGUCGACAUCAGUGUUGUGUGUGAGGAAGUUGACAAGGAUGAAGAGCUACAGAAAAUUGUGGCAAAGCUGAAGAAGGAACAAGAAGUGGGAGGAAAAUUCGAGUGGAAGAAUGGUAGAUUACUCUACAAAGGAAGACUUGUACUACCACGGACUUCCUCCCUUAUUCCAAGAUUGCUGCACACCUUUCAUGAUUCAGUGCUAGGAGGCCAUUCGGGGUUCCUACGAACGUACAAGAGGAUGAGUGGGGAACUUUAUUGGCAGGGGAUGAAGAAUGAUAUCAAAAAAUAUGUGGAUCAGUGUGAAGUCUGUCAGCGGAACAAAUAUGAAGCUACUAAACCGGCUGGUGUUCUUCAACCCCUACCCAUUUCGAACAAAAUCUUCGAAGAUUGGACGAUGGACUUUAUUGAAGGAUUACCUAAGGCAGGAGGCAUGAAUGUAAUUAUGGUAGUGGUGGAUCAUCUAACUAAGUAUGCCUACUUCAUCACUCUUAAACACCCCUUUUCGGCGAAACAGCCACACAAGUGGGAUCAGUUCAUACCGUGGGCAGAACUAUGGUACAACACUACCUUCCACGCAUCUACAAAAACUACUCCUUUUGAGGCAGUUUAUGGUCGUUCCCCACCCCCUUUGCUAUCCUACGGGGACAAGAAAACCACUAACAAUGAAGUGGAAUUAAUGCUGAAAGAACGUGAUUCAGCUCUUAAUGCCUUAAAGGAAAAUUUGACAUUAGCUCAAAACCGCAUGAAGAAGUUUGCUGAUCUAAAGAGAAGGGAACUUAAGCUAAAGGUGGGAGAGGAGGUAUAUCUCAAACUUAAACCUUAUAGACAACGCUCCUUGGCACGGAAGAAAUCAGAAAAAUUGGCUCCUAGAUAUUAUGGGCCUUAUAAGAUCAUUGAAGAAAUUGGAGCAGUGGCUUACCGGCUGGACCUUCCCCCAGAGGCAGCAAUACACAAUGUAUUCCAUAUUUCGCAGCUCAAACCCAAGCUGGGGGCACAACAAGUAGUCCAGCACCAGCACCUCAUGUUGACAGAAAACUUUGAAUUACAGCUACAACCAGAAAAUGUCCUUGGAAUCCGUUGGAAUAAGGAGUUAGGGGCUAACGAGUGGUUAAUCAAAUGGCAAGGCCUACAGGAGAGUGAUGCUACGUGGGAAUCAGUUUAUCGAAUGAAUCAACAAUUCCCUUCUUUCCACCUUGAGGACAAGGUGAAUGUGGAACCAAGGGGUAUUGAGGGUAGUCAUGUUGUACUCUAUCUUGUUCAUUUUCGCAUUACUGCGAAAUUGAAGAAAGCUCUUAGGAAGAGAUUUCAAGAUAAAGGACACUUGACUUUUCUCAUCAAAGACCGCUACGUUCAUCUCUGCCUAUUGUUUGAUUUGAAUGGACGGUUGUCCAAACAUCUCUCUGAGGGUGACCAUGAUCUCAUGUUUCUUGCUCAGUAUGUCAAACAUACUAGCCAAGAUGUAGACGUGAGCCUUGUCAUUGUCCUUUGUCCAACAUCAUAUGCAUCCCUGACACUCUGUGAUGCAAUUUGA